GGGGUCAAUGCUGAUAUUGUUUUCUGUGUUUGUCUGUUGGGAGGGUUAUGCAGAUGCGCAGGCGCGCGUCGAAUACAUGAAACCCCCCACCAUCACAGCCACACCCAUGGUGCAGCCAUGCCAGUUCGUCAUCCCGGCUGUCAUCAAACCUCUUCUAUCACCGGAACCGGAAAUUCCUCGCGCACCCGCAGUACCCGAGUACCAGCCCUACCCAAUGCCACCAAUAAUCAUCAAAGAGGACAACAGCUGGCACCAUCUUCUGUACUUUAUGAUCUUCGCCAUGAAAAAUAAAAACUAUGCCGCUCCACCGCCGAUGCCAUACCAAUACCCGAUGCCUGGUUACGACAGAUUCUGUAAUGAUGCUCCUCCAUAUAUGCCCUAUCCCUUUCCCAUGCAGAACCAAGGCAUGGACACGAUGUAUGAUGAUGAACCAGAACAAAGAGAUAAUGAAGUAACUCUAGUGAUAAGAACUGAUAAAUGAAUUACUAAAUAAAAAAUGUUCUAUA